CCCCGGUGAGCGUCUCUUCGGUCUCUCUCCAUCUCUAACUCGCCCCUUCUGGUUUGGUCAUGCACUAAGAAGCUACUUCUUGAAAUUAACUGAGGACUCAGAACUCCUGUAAGCUGCUGCUGCCCUCCCGGAUGCCUUCACAAGCCUGAUUUUAUCUUUUGCUGAACGGAAUAUCCAACUCGCUCCCGCACCGACCGUUUCUCCUCAGAGCGUCUGUGUGUGAUGAACGUGGAGCACGGCGAGCGAGGCCUCCCGCCUCGAGGCCCCGACAUGAUGGAGCCUCGCAGCGGGGGAAAGAUGGGGAAGGUGUCUGCGGGCUUCCAGAGGAGCUCCACCUCGGACGACGACUCCGGGUGUGCGCUGGAGGAGUACGCCUGGGUGCCGCCGGGACUCAGACCCGAACAGGUCCAGAUGUAUUUCUCCUGCCUGCCAGACGACAAAGUGCCGUACGUCAACAGCCCGGGAGAGAAGCACCGCAUCCGACAGCUCCUCUACCAGCUGCCGCCGCACGACAACGAGGUGCGCUACUGCCACUCUCUGACAGAAGAGGAAAAGAGGGAGCUUCACAUGUUCAGCACCCAGAGGAAGAGAGAGGCGCUGGGGAGAGGGACGCCGAAGAUCCUGCCCCGGGCUCUGCAGCACACCCGCUGUGAAAACUGUUGUGGCAGCAUCAAUGGAGGGGAGAUGGCCAUCUUUGCCUCGAGAGCGGGCCCGAGCCCCUGCUGGCACCCAGCAUGCUUCACAUGUGCCACAUGUCAAGAACUCUUGGUGGAUCUGAUCUAUUUUUGCCAAAAUGGCAAAAUCCUCUGUGGAAGACAUCACGCAGAGCUUCUCAAACCAAGAUGCUCUUCCUGUGACGAGAUCAUCUUUGCAGAUGAGUGCACUGAAGCGGAGGGUCGUCACUGGCACAUGAAGCACUUCGCCUGUUUCGAGUGUGAGACCAUGCUGGGGGGACAGCGGUACAUCAUGAAAGAUGGACGGCCGUACUGCUGCGGGUGCUUCGAGUCCCUGUACGCAGAGUACUGUGAGGCCUGCGGCGAAAACAUAGGUGUGGACCACGCCCAGAUGACCUAUGAAGGCGUACACUGGCACGCAACAGACCAGUGCUUUUCUUGUGCCCAGUGCAAAACAUCCUUGCUGGGCUGUCCCUUUCUACCGAAACAAGGCCGCAUCUAUUGCUCAAAAGCAUGCAGCCAGGGGGAAGACAUUCACACCUCGGACUCGUCUGAUUCAGCAUUCCAGUCUGCCCGCUCGCGUGAAUCACGGCGCAGUGUCCGCAUGGGGAAGAGCAGCAGGCCUGCUGAGCAGUGGAGACAGUCACAGCUGUUCAACCCUCCAGCCACUGUCCCUUCAUUUGACCGGAAGUUUGGGGACGGAGAUGGUGAUGGUGACAUUGACAUUGUUGGACACAAACUUGGACACCUGGGCUUAGAGGAAGAGAGGUUCUGGAGAGAGCGAGAGGAGCAGGAUGUCGGGGGAGAGGAGGAUCCAGAGGAGUGGGCACAGCACGAGGAUUAUAUGACUCAGCUCCUACUUAAGUUUGGCGAUCGAGACAUGCUACACCAACUUCAGCAGCCACCCCUCAAGUCUCCCAGCCCUUCCAGUGACAGAAACAAUUUAGUAAGCAUGGCUGAUCCCUGGCUGAAGCCUGAUACUACAUCUAUGGGGAUUACAGCCUCCUCUCCAUCGCCUGCCAGUCCGACCCAGAGUCAGACUUCUAGUCAAUCUCGAGCCAACAGUCUUAGUCCUGGACUGAUAAGCAAAAAGAACCUGCCUGAAAUGUACUGGGCCCAGUCUCAGGAUGGAUUGGGUGACUCAGCCUAUGGAAGUCAUCCAGGUCCUGCUAGUGCCAGAAAGAUACAGGAGUUGGAGAUGGACCAAGAGCCGGACCAGUCUAGUGCAGGAAGACCGCCCUACUGGCCAGACAGCAGGCAGUGGUAUGAGGACUCCCUCGAGUGCAUCGCUGAUGAGCUGAGGAAGGUUGAAAAGGGAGUUGGAGACUCCAUGGACUCCCUGGCACUUUCAAAUAUCACUGGUGCAUCAGUGGACGGAGAUGGCAGACCUUUAGUUUACUCUCUUCAUCCCAUGCAAGAUCCCUCAGUGCUAGAUGGCUGUGAAAAGAUGAGCAACAUGGGAACCUUUAAUUCAUCUCAGCUUCACCACAGUAACAACUCUCUCAACCUCACCAUGGACAAGAGAGACGGGGAAGCAGUAGAGGAGGUAGUGUUGCGAGGAGGCACACCGGGAGGACUUUGCUCUUUGUCCCCACGUUCAGAAAUCCUCCCUCCUUCCUUUGUUCAUGCCCCAGCUUUAAGGAGGAGCAAGUCUCAAUCUAGGCCUCCUCAGAUGGUCAAGUUCUCUGAGGAUACUGUGGACAAUGGAUAUAAUGAUGGGUUUGAAGUCAGUGUCAGAAAGCAUCCCAUGAGCGAGAGGCCACAGAGGAGAGCAUACCGUCCUGAGGAGGUGGGCAGAGAGAAAGUCCGUCCGUCAAGCCACCACGGGCGGAGUAGGCAGCACCACCACAGGCAAGGCCGACACCACAGGAGCCGCAAAACCCGCUCGGACAAUGCCCUUCACAUGGUGCCUUUGGAGAAAGCACAGAGGCCAUACGAGCCCCAGCAGCAGGGCCUGGCAAACCCAGCCUCCGUGUUUUUACAGCAUCCCUCAAACGGGCUACCUCUUGCCUACUCCCAAACUCGAUCAGACUACAUGCUCCGCAGCGCAAUGCAAGGCGACCCACGGGGCGAACGCUUUAUGGGUCUCUAUGGAGACGAGGACGAUUGGUGCUCUACGUGUUCUUCCUCAUCGUCAGACUCCGAGGAGGAGGGCUAUUUCCUGGGUCAGCCGAUUCCUCAGCCUCGGCCCGCUGGGCAUUACUAUGCCGAGGACUACCCAACACGGGUCACUGCAUACUUCCCCCAGAGCAGCGGACCACACGCUGGUCGUCGGAAGAGCCAUCGAUCCAAGAACUGUAUAAUUUCUUAACAGGGCAGGAUGUUUCCCAUGAAUCUGCACUGCACUACGUGAUAAAGUCAAGAUUUCUUAAGCAUACUGCACAACGGUUUACAAAGAUUUAAAUAUGAGUUUUGGAAGUUAUCAACUAUACUUCAAAAUGCAUAUCAUAUCUGGACUGAUAAACAAUUUGCUCUGUAAAAAUUAUAGUUAGAAAAUCAUCUUUGCAUGUGUAUGAAUUAGGCGUAAAUACGGAGUCAUACUGAAUUUUAGCACCAAUAAGAUGCGUGGACAAGUAAAUAUGGGAGCAUCUUUCUAGACAAGCACAGACCUAAAUUAUGUACAAAUGACAUUGAGAUAUUAAAGUUGUUCAUCCGUUUCUGCUUUUCCAAUAGAUCUUUGAAAAUGGCUUGUGCUCAGUUAAAGGUUUUUGCUGCAAUAUGUUUGUGUGCAUUAAAAAA